AUGAUCGAGUGGUAUCGAUUACUAGGCAAGAGGAAACUCAGCAUGAUUUUCAUCAUGCAAAUGUCCAAUUCGACGAUUAAACUGACAGCAGGGAACAUCGUGAUAUUGUCUUACAGCAAGUUCGGUGAUGUCGUUAAAAGUGCGUUCGCCUUUCUGAAUGUAUUACGAACGGUCACUUGAAACAAUAUGUAGUUGGAAGACUCGUUGGU